AUUCAUCCAAUCAAAAAUUUAGACUCGAAAACACGUAUGCAUGAAAUCAAACGCAGUCCUCGUUAAGGAAAGUAUUUUCAAAUUUUAAUUCAUUUUUAUUUAUUACAACAAUUUUACACCUGCUUUCAUAUGCUCCAUCUAUCUCUAUAUAUUUACAUUUUUUUUUUCAUUUUAAUGACAAACUUUAAAAACUAUCUAAAUUUAGCUUUCCAAUUGUAUCACUUCCCAAAGUUUUGUUUUCAAAUUUCUACAUUUUUAAAUUAAAAUGAGUCACUAUAACCAUCAACAAUCUCCAGCUGUAUCUCCACCUCCGGUUGGUUACCCGAUGAAAAAUGGUCCAGAAACUGAAUGUAACGUACAAAAUCAACCCUCUGCUCCAGUCGAAACUAAACAAAGAGGAGGACUUUGCAAAGGAUUGUGUGCUGGGAUGUGUUUCUGCUGCCUUCUCUUUUUCUUAUUUUUCUUUUUUUUCCUUUUAACUAUGAUAGAGGAGAAGAACAAAAGAAAGGAGUGAUUGUUCAUAUAUUUUUUCGAGCUUUUUUUUAUGUCAUUAGUUAUAUGUUUUUUUUUAUCUUAAUUGAUAGUUUUUGUUUUUUUAUUAGAUGUUUUUUCGUGUUUAGGGGCUGACCCAACUUUAUAGGCUGAGGC